AAAACCUACACCAUCUUCUCCAAGUUUCCUCUCUCUGUGUUGUUGAACAACAAGCUAGCAUACCCAAUAGAAGGACAGAAAUUACUCAAAUAUGGUUCACUUAAGGUUUACAAGCUUCGUACUCGGGCUUCUCUUUGUUAUGCCUGCCCUUAGCGAGUCUUCUGCAUAUGCUCAACAAGGAGAGGAUCAAGGCUACUUUGCAGCAAAGGAAAAUAAUGUUGCGGUUCCAAAGGGAGUACUUCCUCGUGAUGGUGUUAAUGCUGCUGAUGGUUUGGGGAAAAUAUGGCAUGGAGGAAGGAAAUUAAUGGCAGUGCAAAAAGUACUGUUGAGUGAAGAGAUCGAGAGAGAAGAUCAUGGACUGAAUGGACGGACUUCAGAGAUUUCAGGAGAGGACAGUAACGCUUCAGAUAGUUCUCGGCCUGGUGGACUUUCACAAGAUAAACUGAAUGCUCAGAAUAAUAUGAACAUGCCAAGGCCAAAGUCAUCGAAGUCUGCUAGCUUGGGAAUUCCUAGGAGUACUAUCAAGCCAGCCCAAUUUCCAAACACGAACCGAGAUCAGCAGUACUAUCGAGAGUACUCCAAGGCAGUACUGUCAAACAAAGCUGCCAGCUUGGGGAGUUCCUCGAGGUCUUACAAAACAGUCUCUGAUCAUCAAGAAAUAUAUGAUACUUCUCUGCAGAUCAGAGAUGAAACCCAGAGACUUCUUGAAGCAACCAAAGAGAUUGUGAACCUGAUGCACAAGGAUUAUGGGAAAAUGGCUCGACGUAAGCCACCCACAAACAAUCACGACCCUUGGCGGCAUUAAGUAAAAUGGAAAUUAAACGCUAUGCAGAUCGAUAGGUUUAAUUAGGCACACAAUUUUGCCCAAGACGUAGUUAUAUAGGUACUAUCUUUUAUCUUUAUUUUCUUUUUUGUUUUUUGAUGGCUCAAAAGGGCUUAAGCUCGCAGUAGUAGUACUGUUUUUUGUUUCUCAGACAAGUCAGAAUUAAGUAGGACACGUAUAAAGGUGCUGUACGCACGCUCAUCAAGUGUGCUGCAUAUAUAAGCCUUUUGGUAGAUGAUCACUAGCUAG